UUUUCAAAGAAAGGAAGAAAGUCAGUGUUUGCAAAUGAGAUGGAGCUUCCUACCUCAGAAGAAAGUCAUAACUAUUUCCAUGGAAGAGAGUUGUUAAAGGAAGUACGAAAACAAUAUGGGCAUCUUACUGAUGUAGAACUGAGACAGAGCUACGCAGAGUUGCAAAAAGCAGAUCCCGUUACAGGUCCCAAACAGAAGUUGAUUGAUGAAAUUCUUGCAAGGAGGAAGAUUCAGCAGUUUGACCAGAAACAGCAUAACAUCACAGUAAAAAAGAAGCUUCAACAAGACAAGGAGUGCCUGAAUAAAGAACUCGAAAAGCUUCGGUUAAAGAGAAGGCAGUUCCAGGACGCUUCCCUUUCCACCCAUGAGAAUAACCUUGACCUGCAGACUAGAAUACAACAGAUUAUGAAAAAUCAACCUCACAUGAAGACAAGGGUGAAACAACUAAGGGAAGAAUAUGAGGAAGAUGCAAAGACAAUAUUAGAACUAAACAUUUUCAGCAGUCCUUCAAAUGAAGAACCAUAUCACACAAACAACAUCAAAAUGGUCCAUGCCCUUUUGGAAGAGCUCGUGGAACAGGUUAUGGAUGAUUACCUGAGAAGAGUUCCAGAAGGAAUGGAUCCCUCUGCUGCUGAUCAGCUUUCUUGGAAGAGAAUGCAGGAAGCCAUGAAAGAAGUGACAGCGGAGAGAGCAGUGCAGCUCACAAUGGAGCAGUACAUGUUGGAGGUAACACGUGAUCUUUCAAAGUGUAUUGCAUUAGAAUGUUACAAUGUGGACAGAUUAUCACAAGUGUUGGCAUUUGAUAUAAUAUUCAACCCAGUUAAGGAAGAAGCAGAAAUAAUAGUUAAGGAACUGGCCUGGAAAUGUUGUCUCCCUGGAAAUGAACCCUUAUAUCUCCAUCUUACAAGUUGUAAGGACUACUUACAGUGUCUACCAGCUCACAGACUGGUUAUGUGAAAGAAUUUUCAUUAGACUAUCAGUUUACUAACUUAAUGAAAUAUUAAACAUAAAAUCAAACACUGUGUGCAAUCCAUAAGCAAAUACAUGAAUAUUCUUAUUCUGUUUAUUAACAUUAUUUUCUGUGACCCCCUCCUUUUUAGGGGAUGUGUUCUCAGUACC